AAACAAAAGAAACAAAACCAGAUAGCAACCCAGAAAUACAGCUUAAUAGCUUAUAUUGUCAAUACCAUUCAUGGCCUCUUUACAAGUUUUAAAUCCACUGUUUUCUUGUUCUUCUUCAAAUAGAAUUAAUGCCGCAAUAUCUGUCCCAAAACUUCCCAGAAUCCGUUUCUCACCUCUGAAAAAACCAAGUAGAGACUUGGUUGAGGAGCUGAAGGUGAGAGAUAAUGGAUACACAAACUCAGUGCUAGUAGAAAAGUUUGUUCCUAGCACAAAAUUUCAAGAAGAUAACAAUGUUGACGACUCUACUAAUUCUAUGGUGACAGCCCAACUUUACGCCGUGUUGGAGGCUGUUGCUGAUAGAAUUGAGAUGCACUAUAACAUUGGCCAGCAACGUGACAACUGGAACACGCUUCUCUUGAACUCCAUCAACAUGAUUACCCUCACUGCUGCCACCAUGGCUGGUGUUGCGGCAACUGGUGGCGCAGGUGUUUCGCUUCUGGCAUUGAAGUUAUCUUCUACGCUCUUGUUCUCUGCAGCCACAGGGAUGAUGGUUAUGGUGAACAAGAUCCAGCCCUCGCAACUUGCCGAAGAGCAACGUAACGCAACAAGAUUGUUCAAGCAGCUCCAGAGUGAAAUACAAACAGUUUUUGCUCUAAGGUUGCCCAAUAAAGAAGAUGUGAAAGAUGCAAUGGAGAAAGUGUUGGCGCUUGACCAAGCAUACCCACUUCCCUUGUUAGGUAAAAUGAUUGAGAAGUUCCCUAAAACAUUUGAGCCUGCUGUGUGGCGGUCGUCAAACCAUUCCCAGGCAAACAACAAAAAAGCAUUUAAAAGCGAGCAAAGUAGCUCGAAGAUGGAGAAAAAUGGAUGGAGUGAAGAUCUGGAAGAGGAAAUGAGAGAGAUUAUUGAAGUGUUAAAGAGAAAAGAUACAGAAGAUUACAUGAGACUAGGCAACCUGGCGUUGAAGAUAAACAAGAUUCUAGCCAUCUCAGGGCCAUUACUCACCGGCAUUGCAGCUGUCGGGUCGGCUUUCGUGGGGUCUCCUCACGGGUCAUGGGCUGCUGUCGUUGCGGUGGCUGCAGGCGCAUUAGCUACCACAGUUAACACAUUGGAGCAUGGUGGACAAGUCGGUAUGGUGUUGGAGAUGUACAGAUACUGCGCUGGCUCCUUCACACUUCUGGAGGAAUCAAUUGAAGCAAAUCUCAAUGAAAGUGAAGUAGAGAAGAGAGUAAACGGAGAGAUGUUUGUACAAAACGUAGCUUUGAAGUUGGGAAGAAGCAUAUCACAGCUGAGAGAUCUUGCCGAAAACUCAAUUUAUUCUCGCAGUAAUGGAGCCGAGAUUGACGAAUUUGCAAGCAAACUUUUCUGAUUU